AUGAACAACAAACACAUCCAAGCCGCAAGUCAUUACAAUUUCAACUAUGGGGAGACAACAACCGACCUGCCUGCUGGGGAUUUUUCAUUGGGAUUAUUUGAUGAUUUUCUAUCAUCGUUACCUGAUUCUCCUUUGAAUACGGGUGCUGAUGUUUCGGAUACAAACGUUAAUCAUCAUCAGCACGUGGAUUUAUUGGCUGACCCAGCAGGCACCGCAAACAUGUUGUUGUUGGAAAAUCCGUUAAUACCAUCAACCGUAACAGCACCAAUCCAAGACCAAGGAACAAUCCAUAAUACAUCUAAUUUAAUUGUAACUCGUGUUUCGCUUGCUACAAAUAAUCAGAAAUAUCCAUCAGGAAUAAUUCAAGACAACGUUUACAUGUUUUUUGGGUCUCAUGGUGCCUCUGACACUUAUAAAUUAGAAGUUCAAGUCACGCCAAUUGUUGAUCAACUCAUACAAUCAAAACAAACUAAACUCAACAUUCAGGUGAAGCGAGAAACAAGCGGUGAAAUUUUGAAAAAAGCUAAAUGGACACUUAGCUCAGAGAAUAGAAAAGAAGAGUGUGUAUAUGUUGUUUCAAACAACAACUUUCCAAAGACAAGACGAGGAAAAGGUACCAAUGAAGCAUGCCUCUUCUGUUUCGAGCUAGAAGGCUAUUCACAAAUUCCAGAACAACAAUUCUCAGAAUUUCGAUUUCAAUUUUUCUCCAAACUACCCGUCUCAGCCUCAUCAGAGUCAUACACAAUACCUUCAACAGCAACACAAUCUAUUUCUCAAGCCCCUCAGCUUUCAAAUAACCAUGGUAACAUUACUAACUUAGCCCAAGGAUUGAAUUCUUCAAACACUGCUUUACCAACAUUAUCUUCUACCUCUUCCAUGAUGCCUCCUCCCCUUCUUAUCCACCACAAGAACAAUAUGAGCUCAUUACCAACCGACAAUCAGUCAUCAAUCCUCUUGCUACAGCCAACCAACGGUAGCACCACUAGCCACACAACUCAACAUCAAUCCUCUCUCAAACUCAACACACCAAGCUCAAGUAGACCCAUACAUCAUGAUGGAGACUAUCAAUCUUCAGGAAAGAAGAGAAAGAAGAUUGAAAUUUUCGAGCCCAAGUUGCACUCUGUCAAUCCAAUGUAUGGAACUGUUGGAACAACGGUUGUACUAUUAGGCCAAUUCAACGUAUUGAGUGAAAAGUCUGUCAAAGUUUUAUUUGACUCAGUCGUUGUUGACCAUCCUCAUUCCAUUACACCAAAUUGUAUAGUAUGUAUGGCUCCAGAUCAUGAAGAGGGAAACUCUUAUGUGCAUGUUGUCGAAGAGUUUGAAGAUUUCCAAAUGAGAACAGAGCCAAAAAUCUUUAGAUACAUUUCAGAGGGCUUCCAACAGGGCAUCAAUCAACUUGUGUUUAACAGCGGCCCCUAUCUCUCUCCUUCUUCAUAUUCUCCAGGAAAUACAGCCCAUACAGACUCAUCCUCGUCAUCUUCAUACAGCUCUGGCCAAACUUACUCCUAUGACAGUCUUAGACAAAACAAUCUUCAUAGAGCUGCCUACAAUGGUGAUAUUAGGACUGUAGUUUCUCUUUUGGAAGAUCCUAGCUGUGACCCUCUCGAGCUCGACAACUUUAAAAGAAAUGCUUUCCAUUUGGCUUGUGCUAAAGGUCAUCUAUCAAUUGUCCAGGCUUUAUGGAACCAUAUUGUUGAUCUUCUCUAUGAUGAUGAUGAAGAAGAAGAGGUUUUGGCUUCAACCUUGCUUUACCAAAAGGAUAGCUUCGGUAUGACAGCUUUAGAUAUUGCUACUAAGUUAUUGAAUUUCUCUGAGCAUCCUGUCAUUUUCUUCCUGAAAGACAAAAUGGUCAGCUAUAGGGAUUUACUGAAACGACCAAGCUUUGGAGAUUUAGUAUCAGUAGAAAAGGAAAUUCAGGAAAAGAAGAUGAAUCAACUCUUAGAAUUUUUCCCAACUCUUUCUGAAAAUGUUGUUCUUGAAACUCUUGAACGAUGUGAUUGGAAUGAGACAGAUGCAGCUGCUGUGAUUCUUUGUGAACAAUUUGAGAAUAAUAUUUAUUCCAAAUCCUCAAUGUCAUCCAAAGAGGUGUUUAUGGUCAUUGAAAAACAGAAGGCUGUCAACCAGAUCAUACAAUUCAUGAGUGUUUCGCCUUUUUCAUCAGGAUUGGGAUUGCUGGCAAAUAGAUUAUUUAAUCGAUUCAAAUUCUUUAACCCAGAAGAAUACUUUAGCGAUUUUGAAAAUGAAAUCAAACGAAAAUGCUCUCGAAAGAUUCACAAGAUUGAAAAUUGUGUUCAACCUGAGCUACAACUUCGAUUCAGCCAAUAUAUCAACCAAGAAGAAAACCCAUUAAUUUUCAUGACAUUCCAUGGCACCAGUGAGCAUAAUAUUAAUAGCAUCAAGAAGCAUGGCUUGUUAGUGCCUGGUAAGGGAAAUGACAUUAGGCCUGUCAACGGUAGUGAAUAUGGUCUAGGUAUUUAUUUAUCAUUUUCUGGAACUGCGUCCAUUGAAUACUGUUAUGGUGGAUCUAAGAUGUUUGUUUGUGCUGUGUGUGUGAGAGACAAGAUUGUCAUUAGUGAAGAUGGAUCUGUGUUGGUAGUUUUUGAUGAAAGAUGUGUUUUACCUUGCUGGCUGAUCACUUUUGAAAAUCGUGCUGAGAAUGUUUAUUCUCCUGUUAAUUUGAAUGUAAACAACAACCUCCUUAAACAAAUAUAA